UAAAUGAUUAAUGAAAGUUGAGUGAAAAAGGCGGGUUACGAUGGUGGAAGAGGUGAGGACUGUCGAGCCCCUGUUGGAUUUGAAGGACCUGGAGAUGAAAACUGGCUAUAAAAUCCCCGCGGGACUCAUGGCGUGGAUCGUGAGGGAAGGCCCCGCGCGCCACGCCGGCGAGCGCGAGUACGCGCACGAGCUCGCCGCCGGGCACACGGCCACCGGGGGCCUCGCGGAAAAAAUCAAAGGCUUGAAGGAAGACAUGGUGUCCCUGCGUUCAACCGACGUGAAGAUCCUGCGGCAGCUGGCUGCUGUGCAUGAGGGCAUCGAGUCGGUCCGGUGGCUACUGGAGGAGCGCGGCCCCCUCACGAGCCGCUGCAGCAGCCUGACCAGUAGUCAGUACAGCCUGGCCGAGGGUCCCGAUGCCUCCCUGCGGGGCAGCUGGAGCAGCCUGCCGGACCCCAGCGAUAGGCUGGAUAACAUCUCCGUCGGCAGCUACCUGGACACACUGGUUGACGAUCUGGAUGAGAACUGUGUGCCCAGCUCUGAGCCUGUCCUCUCUUCCACCCCCAUGGGGCCAGUCACAACAGGGCAGCAGGGGCCCAAAGAGGAGCUGCAGACAGCAGCCAAGCCAGUCAUAGAAACUCCCAAGGCCACAGAGACCGGGAGGAGGUCAGCUCUCAUCCCUAGAGACUCUGGGCAGACGAAGCAAAGCAAAAGUAAUGGUUUCCAAGACCAAGGAGGACAGCAUGCAACCCUUCAUGAGUCAGUUCGCACAUGCCUGGCUGAGAAGCUCAGCAAGAGCCUGGGCUCCAAGUCUUACCAGAACGGCGUGAUCGACCCAGAGGGCUGCCAGCUGAGUGGCAAGACGAACCUGGAGUACGAUGCUCAUUGUCGCUGGGUGCAGUCGCAAAACGACGUGACGUUUUUGUAAUGAAACCCGCAAUAAGCUCCUUUCCAUCUGUCCCUUCCAGUACUGUGACCGGUGCUUUAGAAGCAAUGUACACAGAACUGAACAAAAGAUGAUAGUUUGAAGAAAAUAACUUAUUCAUGGUCUGUGCAUUCAGACACCUACGAAGUAGUGGGGUCACCCACUUCUGUGCCUCAGCCCAUGAAGAUACUUAUAAACAAGGAUCUCAGGACAUGGAGAGGAUCAUAGCCUGGAAUGAAAUAUCGAGGGAUAAGUUUGGAAAAUCUGUAAACUGAUGUGUCAUGAUUGUAAUAACAUAUCAGUUGAACAUCAAUGCCAGAUCAGAUGAUUUAAUCAAAAGCUUGGAAUUAAUCUGCGUCCUUACAAAUUUUAAUUUAGCAUCUUAAACAGCUGUUUGCCUUCUUGUUGUGCUUGUCAUUUUGAAUUUUGUGUUUUAAUGGACCUUCAUUCAAAGUAUACGCUGGCUACUGUGUUACGACCAUUUAAGUUAUGAAUUUUUGAAAAUUCCACCAUUUCCAGGUUAUUUCUUCCAGACCUUUGAGACCUG